AUGAAUAAAAUCUUAUUUGGUCUCGUUUGCGCUCUAUUCAUCAUCGCCUUUGUGCAUAUUGCUCAUGCUGAUGAUGAAAAUGAUUUCGAGGCACGAGAUGCACAACAAUUCUUACAAAAACGUCUUUUUGGUAUCCCGUUUCCCCGUGAACAACGUCGAGAAGCGAAAGAAAAAUAUGAAGAACGAUGCGAACGAGCUUUAGGUAUCAACAAAGUUACCGGUCUUCAACGAUGGUGCCCAAAACUUGAGGAAUGGGACGAAUGGCGUAAAGCGACCAGCAGCGAUAAACGACGUGGUUAA